AGCAUUCGUGAUUGGCCACGUCCUCAGUCUGUGACUGAGAUGAGAUCUUUCUUAGGAAUGACAGGCUACUAUAGAACUUUCGUGAAGAACUAUAGCAUAGUGGCCGCUCCUUUGACUGAUCUGACCUGCCUUGACACCCCAUGGGAGUGGACAGAUAAGUGCGAGGCUGCUUUCAGACAUCUGAAGCAUGCAUUAACUCACUAUGAAGUCUUAAAACUUCCUGAUCCUGACAAGCCGUUCAUAGUCACUACGGAUGCCAGCCAAUACGGCAUUGGCACCGUGCUCGCGCAGCAGGAGGGGCCAAAGUUGAGGCCAGUUAAGUACAUGUCUAAGAAAAUGCCGUCUCAAAAGUUGGCUAAACCAAAGUUGAGGCCAGUUGAGUACAUGUCUAAGAAAAUGCCGUCUCAGAAGUUGGCUAAGUCCACUUAUGAGAAGGAACUCUAUGCGGUGUACAAGGCUCUUACCCAUUGGAGACACUAUCUCCUUGGGAGGUUCUUCAUCCUCAGGACUGAUCAUCAGACCCUGAAAUGGAUGAGAACCCAGCUGGUACUCUCUGACGCUCUCAAGCGUUGGAUCGAAGUCAUUAAGCAAUAUGACUUUGACCCUCAGCAUCUCAAAGGGGAGUAUAACAAGGUUGCUGACGCCCUGUCGUGCAUACCAGACUUCUCAGGUGCACUGAUUACUGAGUUCAGUCUUACGGACAAUGUUACUCAAUCUUUGGUGGAAGCCUAUCGCGAGGACCAGUUUAUGUCUGAGAUCAUACGCAGACUUGAGGCGAAGGACAAGAAGACAUCCGCCGAGUUUGAGUUGGUUAAUGGCUUGCUGUUCCUUGAGAAGGCAGGGAAUAAACGAUUGUGUGUUCCCAAUAGUGAAUCUUUGCGUAGUUUGUUUCUAGGUGAGUGUCAUGAUGCCACCGGUCAUUUUGGGUAUAAGAAGACCGCAGCCAACUUGCUGCAGCGAUUCUGGUGGCCCACGAUGAUGCGAGAUGCACAGCUGUACGUGGAGACUUGUCAAGUUUGUCAAAGGGACAAACCACGUACUCAGGCUCCUCUUGGGCUUCUGAAGCCCCUUCCAAUUCCGAAACGGCCUGGUGAGAGUCUGUCCAUGGAUUUCAUGGAUACUCUGAUCACCAGCAAGAAUGAAAUGCGUCACAUCUUUGUCAUCGUGGAUAGAUUUAGUAAGUAUGCUAGGUUAGUAGCUAUGCCGGAAACAGCAAAGACGGAGUACGUGAUUAGAAUGUUUAAAGAGAACUGGGUCAGGGACUUUGGUCUACCGAAGUUCAUUGUUAGUGACAGGGAUGUCAGAUUUACAAGCGAGUUGUGGAAGGCCGCUGCUGCAGAGCAGGGCACUCAGUUGCAAAUGACUUCUGGGAAUCACCCAGAAGCUAACGGCCAGGCUGAACAACUGAACCGCGCUGUACAACACCUGUUGAGGCACUAUAUCAAGCCCAACCAGGUGGAUUGGGAUGAGAAGCUUGCUCUCGUCGCCAGUCUGUAUAACAAUGCGGUACACAGAGCCACUGGGGUGAGCCCGAACAGUUUACAACUAACUUUCAAACCGAGACUACCUCUUGAUUUUCUCCUACCUGAGCAUGAACCAACUGUUGCACCGGGUACGUUAGAGUUUGCUCACAGAUAUGAACAGAAAAUGCAGCAGGCGGUAGAACAGAUGCAGAAGGCACAAGCAGCGAUGAUAGAGUCUGAAAACAGACACCGCCGGCCUUCUACAUUUCAGGUUGGGGACAGAGUCUGGGUUAAGUCUUCAGAACUGGGACAGGAGUACGGGAUAUCCCGCAAACUCAUGCCUCAGUACUUUGGACCUUGGGAAGUCUUGGACAUCGCCGGAACAGAUCCGGAUGGGCCAUCAUAUGUUGUCCGUAUUCCUGGUCAUCUUCGUACUUACCCUGUCUUUCACGCCUCCAAGAUGGCACCUUUCAAAGAGACUGACCAGUUUCCAUCUCGUCGCUCAAUGCUGCCCCCAACCAUGGACGGAGAGGUGGACAUUGAUGAUAUCGUGGAUCACAGAGAUCUGCCGGUAUCAAGACCAGCAGGCAGGGGACGUCCUCGAAAACCGAAGCUGCAGUACUGCGUUCGGUUCCGGCAUCACACUGAUCCGAAGGAGGACCGCUGGUUCACAAGGGAAGAGCUCAUGCAGACCGCUCCUCAAGUUGUAACUCAAUACGAGAGAUCUCUGCAGAAGGGAAAGCGCCCUAUGAUCGAAGAUUGAGCUUCUCAGAGGACUGUUGAAGCUAUGGAGGAGGGAAUGCGAGGCCAAUGCCUCUAGAGCCCCAUAAGGCCCCACUAUC